UUUAUGGUUAAGUUACGCAAGGUGCGAGCCACAUGGAACUCGCCGAUAGUAGUAAAACUGCAUUAAAUAAUGCUGAAUUACAAGAUAUUGUGAAUAAUAUCAAUGUCGAUAUUAUUUAACUAUUCGUUGUAAAAUAAAGAAUCUUCAAAAACAGAGAAUGCACGUCCUCCUCGAACAUUGUUUACAUUCGUUCACGUUCAAUAUUCGAUGUAUCCGUAACAUAAAUCACAGUGCAAUAAAUUUUGCCUUACCACCGGAUAGCGUGAUGUACAUAUUCGACAGAAAUGCGAAGAUGCUUCAAAGGGAACGGGCUGCACAAGCAGCCGAUGUGAAACUGUACGAUUACAUCAAAGACGAAGUAGGAUACAGACUCGCAGACAGAGUGUUUGAUAUAAAAAGAGACUUCAAAAAGGUACUCGACUUAGGAUGUGGUCGCGGGCACGUGUCUAAACACAUUCUGCCAGAGACUGUCGGCGAAUUAAUUUUGACUGACGUAUCCUCAGCAUUCGUACAGCAGGCAGAAACAACUGAAGGGCUCAAAGUAUCACGCACUGUUAUGGAUGAAGAAGAUUUCUCUUUUGAGCCCAACAGUCUAGAUUUAGUAAUAAGUUCGUUGAGUUUGCACUGGGUAAACGAUUUACCUAGAUGUUUCAGAAGUAUUAACGAGAGUUUAAAGAACGAUGGAGUAUUCUUGGCAGCUAUGUUCGGAGGAGAAACAUUGUAUGAAUUGAGAAGUUCUUUGCAGCUGGCAGAAAUAGAAAGAGAUGGUGGAAUUUCUGCACACAUUUCUCCAUUCGCAGAGAUUAGAGACGUCGGAGGCUUGUUAACAAGAGCUAAUUUUACUAUGUUAACAAUUGAUACAGAUGAAAUUGUAAUCGGAUAUCCAAGCAUAUUUGAAUUAAUGUGGGACUUAAAAGGGAUGGCUGAGAAUAAUGCGAUUAGAAAUCGAAAAUUGCGUUUAAAUAAGGAUACCGUUCUUGCGGCAGCUGCAAUAUAUAAAGAACUGUAUGGAAAAGUGACAGAAAAUGGUUCUUCUUAUGUACCUGCUACAUUUCAAGUAAUGUAUCUACUAGGAUGGAAGCCAGAUACAUCACAGCCAAAACCUUUAGAAAGGGGUACUGGACAAGUGUCUCUUAAAGAUUUACAUAAACUAGAUGAAAUUAUAAAAGAAACAAAGAAAAUCCAAAUAGAAGAUGGUCAAACAAAAAAAGAUGAAGACAAGUAACUGUGUAUAGUGUAUAAAAAGUU